AUUCGAACGCUUAUGGGCGGGAUUAGAGUUCGCUGAGAGGGAAGUUCAAGCGCCAGUGAGUGAAACGUAAGUGUUGGUUGUUUUUGCAAAUUCCGUGUGGAAAAAAUAGCUUUCACACUCAAACGAAAGUACCAUUUGAACAGAAACAACAUCACGCCAUGUCCCACAAGCAGAUUUAUUACUCUGACAAAUAUGACGACGAGAAAUUCGAGUACAGGCAUGUCAUGCUUCCUAAAGAUAUUGCUAAAAGAGUUCCCAAGACCCAUCUCAUGUCAGAGACAGAAUGGAGGAACCUGGGUGUUCAGCAGAGUCAAGGAUGGGUGCAUUACAUGAUCCAUCAGCCUGAACCACAUAUCUUGCUCUUCAGACGCCCCUUACCCACAGUCCAAUCCCAUUGACCCCAAAACCACUGGGAUUCUGUAGUAUGGACACAUUCUGAAGAUGUCUGAAAGAUGCUGGGUGCACCCCAGAUCAGAUGGUGUCGAUAUAAUUUGUGCUGCUUCUGAUUUAUGCAUUCAUUGUAGACUCUUCUGUGGGUCAGAUUAUUAAAUUGCCUAAUCUCUGCCUUAAAGAGUUAGUUCACCAAAAAAUAAAAAUUCUGUCAUCAUAUACUCACCCUUGUGUCGUUCCAAACCCGUAAGUCUGUUGUUCAUUUCCGGAACACAAAAGAUCUUUUUGAUGAAAUCUGAGAGAUUUCUGUCCCUCCAUUGACAGCUACGCAACUACCACUUUGACACUUCGUAAAACUAA